UGUGCCAAUUCCUGUCACUUAACAAAACUAUGGUAGCUGGAAAGGUGGUUCUUUGCUUCACUACAGUCAGUCUUAGGACAGAUAUAACAAGUGCUUCAGCAGCUGUGAAAGAAGCCGGCGGUGUUGGCCUCAUUGUAGCAAAGAAUCCAAGUGACGCCUUAUAUCCAUGUAAUGAAGACUUCCCAUGCAUUGAAGUUGACUAUGAAAUUGGCACCCGAAUACUGUUUUACAUUCGGUCUACCAGAUCUCCUCUUGUAAAAUUGAGACCUCCUAAAACAUUUAUUGGCAAGCCACUCUCAGCCAAGGUGGCUUAUUUUUCAUCUAGGGGUCCAAACUCCAUUACACCAGCAAUUCUUAAGCCAGAUAUAGCUGCCCCUGGUGUGAACAUUCUGGCUGCAACUUCUCCACUUGAUGCACUAGGGGAGGGUGGAUAUGUCAUGCACUCAGGAACAUCAAUGUCAACUCCUCAUGUCGCGGGCAUUGUGGCUCUUCUCAAAGCAAUGCAUCCCAAUUGGUCUCCAGCAGCCAUUAAAUCGGCACUUGUCACAACUGCAUGGAGGAAUGGCCCGUCUGGUUUACCGAUCUUCGCAGAGGGAUCGCCUCAAAAGCUGGCAAAUCCGUUCGAUUUUGGAGGCGGCAUUAUGAACCCCAAUGGAGCAGCAGACCCUGGUUUAGUAUAUGACAUAGGCAAAGCCGGCUACAUGCAAUAUCUCUGUGCAAGGGGCUACAACAACUCUGCCAUCUCUAGGCUUGUAGGGCAGAACACAAAAUGUCCCAUUAAGAAGCCUUCUAUCCUUGACAUGAACUUACCCUCCAUAACCAUACCAAGUCUCAAAAAUCCCAUCACAAUAAAAAGAAGUGUAACAAAUGUGGGAGCCCCUGAAUCCAUUUACAGAGCUACCAUUGAGCCUCCAUUUGGUACAAUUGUAUCUCUAAAUCCCAAUGCUCUGGUCUUCAACUCUACAGUUCGAAAGCUCGAUUUCACGAUCACAAUC